UGAGGGGGUAGAGCGGGGCCCGGCUCCUCCCGCGGCUUUCCCCGCCGGGCAGCCCGGGCUGGGCCGCGUGGGGCCGGUGUCGGGCCUGGCAGUGGGGCGAGGUGGCCGGUUCCUGUCACGGCCCGGCGCCCCGGGGGCAGCGGAGCUGCGUGCCGGAGCUUGGCGCCAAAGGUGCCCUGAGGAGAGGCGUCCUCGGCGGGAGGGGAGCGCGGCCCUCCUCUGCGGCGGCCCCCGCCCGGAUUCCGCGACUUUCGCUUUGGAUUCUGAAUAAAGCAUAUGGUGCGGGCAUCAACGUGGGAUAAGAUGUGUUAGUUCGGGCUGUUGUCUUUCUUCGCUCUGCUAGUAGUCAAAAGUAGUUUCUGAAAGUGAGGCUGAGAAAUCCCCUGUAGGAAGUCACCGGCGCUUUGAGUUUUUAACUUAACAGCAGUUGUGUGUUGUCCUUCAACCUGCUUCCUAGGAUAGCCUUUAUUUAAUGGCAAAUGCUGCAUCUUAAGAGUUAAACGUGCUAAAAGUUGUGAAUGCACAUCUUGGAGUACUUCAGCUUAAUUAUUUUUCUUAAAUUAUUCAUGACUCUUGAAGUAUUAGUAAGACUAAGUUUGGUUGAAGGGUUUAUGCGCACAGGAUACUUGUAAUGUACCUAAAUCUGCUGUGUAAGUAAGGUUAAGAGUAUACACGGCAGAGCAGCAUACAUGUGGCGUAGGCUCUUGUUCGUGACCCACUUUCUUUCCUGAAAACAGUUUGUUUUCUAGUAUGUUGGGGUUUUUGGUUUUUUUUGGCCUGUGUGCUAGACAGAAACUGUCAAGGAAGAUUCCCCAUAAUAAAAUGAAUGCUUUAAUUACAGAGGCUGAUGAUUUUUGUUUGAGCAUAUUUUCAAGUUUUCAUCAGUCUGAAAUGUACACUUAAGGCUGUAGUACAGUUCAAAGACUACAUCACAAGCCCUUAGAUUCUUCAUGUCAGUCAUAGCUGCCGUAAUGUAAACUUUCUGGUAUCUGCUGCCAAACUCACCUGUGAAAGCUUUAGCUUUUUGGCAGUGCCAAUCCAAAUCUUGGUUGGGGCAAAUGGUUCACCCUUGUUGCGUAAUAAUGUUUUUAAGAGGUUGCAUUUUGUUGCAGAUAACGGCUAAGUCUGUGCUCUCCUUUUUAAGGACAAGACUUUUCUACCAUCUGCAUUAUUUAAUGGAGUUAUGUUGAUGAUUGUUUCUAAUUUAAAUUAAUACAUGACCCUAAUUGGAGGACAGAGCUGCAUAAAUGCAUGCUUGACUAUCUUAACCACUAAGCUAUCCAACAAUACAUUUGCAUUUCUGAUCUGUCUUUUCAAAUCAGUUAUUUUUUUAAUCUGAUGCAUAUGUAGUCCAACAUGAAGGCUGUGUUGCUGUUUAAACCAACCAAGAGAAUUUAGUUACAAACACAGAAGAAAGCUGACAGCUUUUUAUAUGUUGAUGUCAUCAUUAUCGUGAUAGAAGUGUGCAUACUCUAAGCCUAUGAUAUUUGUAUUAAGAUUUGAAGUAUGCUGUGAAAUCAUUGUUAAAAUACAUUUGGAAGGGUAUGAUUCCCUUGGGAAACAAUUCAGGAACUUUUUGAAUUUAUCCCAUAUAAAUCACUAUGAUCACUAUUAAAUGAUAUAUAUGGUAAAGUCAUACCAAAGUUCUAAGCACAUGGAAAUACACCUACAUUUCAUGCAGGCUUCCUGGUUUCUUUAAGAGCUACAAAACUGUAAUUGAAAUAAAAAAACUUUUUGAAGAAUUGUUCUGAGAACAGUUCAGGUAUUGAACCGUUAUAUCAGGAUGUAAAAAAAAUUAAAAAUAGAGCAAGUUGAUCUUAUUUCAGUUCUAAUAAUGAUCAGAACUUAGUGCUUGAUUGAAGAUUUAAAUAGUUAUUGCUAACUAUUUGUACUCUGUACCUCAGAAUACUUUUGACUGUGGUAUAGAUAGACAUAUAAAACUAGUUAGAAGCUGCUCUUCUAAAUUUCAGAUGAUACUGUGCAGUGUUGAAAUCAGUAGAAUGGUAGCAUUUCUGAAGAUCACGUCUGAGGAAGGAGGUUGAUUUUUUUUUUUUUCUUGAAAUAAUGGAAAGAAAAUGACGUUCCAAAAAAGGCAUUAUUUUUUCCAGAUGUAAGGGGUGUGAGAGAUGAUGUAUCUCAAGCUAUUUUCCAAGUGCAAUUCAGCUGCACUUCACUUCAGUAGGGAGACCUGUUUAAUUAGCAUUUUAUGGAACUUUUUGGGGUUUUUAGGAAUGAUUGUAAAUCCUUAUCAUAGUUAUGGUGCAUAUUGAUUCAAUUUACCUUCCAGUAAAUUGCAGUGCUGCAGUCCAUGCUCUUCUAGUGUAAUUAUGUCUCUUCUAGGCACAUGUCUUGGUAGAAGUCCGCUGUCGGCUGUGAGGUCUCUGUGAUAGCAGGUGUUCUGCAACGCCUCUUUUGUGCCUGUUGAUUUUGACAAGCUGAUGUUCACUGCAUUGGUAGAAGGAGAAUAGAGCUGGGUCCAGGAUCCUUGGGGCAGGGUUCCAGUCUGAAGGUGCUGCUGUAUUUCAAGCCAAACUUAAUCUUCUGCAGGCUCUGCUGCGCUGUUGUCUGUAGGCUGUGGUGUGGGACCCCAGGCUUCCCAAGCUGCAUGUUUUUCAGUUCCUCUCCCUCCCCACAGAGUCCAUUUUGCACAUAGUUCCACCUAAAUUCUGGUCAAGUGCUGUUCCAUACCCCUCUGGUAACAGCAUGAUGUUUGGAGUUAUAUAGAAUGUAUGAAAACUUCAAGGUGGAUACAAAAAACAGUAUGGUUUCCUGCUGAACAGAAGUAAAAUAGCAAUAAUAAUUUAAUGUAAGUUUUAAUUACUAGUUAAUUGUACCAUCUGGCUAAUGCUACUGUACAGAAUGCUUUGCAGUAAUGAAAUGUGGAAGUUCAGGGGGUGGUUAAUGCAAAGAAGUCCAAACCCAGCUGAAGCUCUUCCCUAUUUACUUGAAUUGUAGACAAAACCCUCUGUUCACACAGUUGUGUAGGAGCUGUUAGAAGUCUGAAAACAUACUCAGAUUGCCAUAAGAAUAACUGUAAUAGUCUCAAGACUUUAUAUCAGAGCCAGCAAUGUAUUUAUUGUCUGAAAAGAAUCCUCUUAAGAAGCACUAUUCAGCUGUCAGGAGAGCCAAGCUGGAUGGAAAUGACACAGUUACUGAAGAGCACGCUCCAGCACAGUUCAGCAGGGACACUACACGGAGCAGAAACAGUACUUAACUAAGAGUGCUGCUUUGAAAUGGAAAUGUCAUUUCAAUUUUAAAUAUAUUUUAUUGUACUGUAUACGGAACUUUGCUUUUGAUAGUAUCACUGUGCUGUUGUAGUGUGACUAACUGAUCUCGAGAGCAGCUGAAGAAUCUUUCGGAAAGGGAAGAAAGGGAAAUUCUGAUGCUUCUCAAUAUGUCCCAGUACCAGCAGUGGAAGGGUAUGGAGGGAAGUGUGGGGUGUGUUGUUACUCAAUGGUUUCCUGACCUUACAAUACUGGUCCUUGGCAUUGUCUGCCAAGUAGAAAUCAGCUUUGGGUUGACUGCUCUUGAGAAAUUUUGUUAAUGCUAGAAAGUGACCAAGUGUACAUGUGUUUUUUGUUGGAAAGGCCUCUUCGGUUGCUGUUGUUAGUGCAUUAGUGACAUGCAGUGCGAUUUUUAUUUUUGAGUUUGUGUGAUUUCACUAGGUUUUUAACUUUCUUCCACUAGAUGGCCCAAGCAUGCUUUCAAGUACCCUAUGAGAGCUGAAACUUCUAAUUCCUUUUAAAAACAUAUUUGUGUUGUUUUAACUGAAGUUAAAAUUCUGUCAUGAGACCUGUACGAACUUUUGUGAUUUUUUUUUUUUUAAAAUACAAACACUGUAUAUCAACCAAGAGAGUGUUGGUUAAUGUAAUACGUGGCAAUGAAGGUCAUGUCAUGUAUGAUCUUCCAUGUCCCUCUUUUUUCCCUUGGUUAGAACAUUUAUUGAGUGUGGUCCAGUGCUGUUGUUUGCAUUGAGAUGAGAAGGGAGGUGCUGUCACUCUGACAGUGCGUUCAGCAGUAGUGGUUCAGCGAGACUCUGAAAAGCUGUCAAUCUCGGGCUGGUUUGUCUUUAACAUCUGCUGGGAAAAAGACUUGUGUUUUGCAGGCCACCAUAAUUGAAUUUUUUUUACUGCUUGAUUUUGCUGCGUAGGGUUUUGGUAAGAACUUCGCAGUUCAUUUCAUCAGCAUAAAUGUGGUAACUGGGUUCUGAAUAGAUGUAGUUGCUAAAUGCACACACUGUAAUUUAAUUAGCCUACUUAUGUUGUCUAACAGACAUCAUGUAUAAGCUUGUUAUCAAGGCUAUGGUUUUGGCUGGUGAAGAUGAAGACAGACAGGUAUACAGACAAGGCAGCUCUUACCAUGAGGGUUGGUCAGACACUGGCACAAGGCUGAAGGAGUGGUGGGAUGUUCAUCCACAGAGACAUGCAGAACUCAACAGGACCGAGCCCUGUGCAGCCUGAGCCUGUUGGGCCAGCACUGACUGGGAAGUUCAGCUACGUGGCCUUGAGUGGUCCCCUUCAGCCUCAAUUGUUCUGUAAUUCCAAAAGGAGACUCCAUUGGUUCCUUGUGUCUGCUGCUGUUUAAAACAAAAAUAAAUACAAGGAAAGUGAAUUGUUGUCUUUCCGAAGCAGUUCCUAACUUCAGUAUUAAGUUCCAGCCUUCCUUUCGCUUCUGAGGACCUUGACGUGGUGGUAUUAGACCACCAGAAAGUGUGUGUGUCUGUCUGUGCUUUUUUCCUUCUUAAAUUGCAUUCCCCCACCUCUUCCCCAACAAAAAAAAGAAAAAAAGGCUGCCAUAUAAAAGGAGUGCUAUAUUCCUUCAUUUCACAACUGUACUUGCCAAAUGCCCUGUCUGUCCUAUUACUGUUUUAUAUCAUUACUCCUAGUGUCCCCCUUUAACAGGCAUAGUAGAUGUUCCCUUAUUCCUGUUUCUCUUUUGCUCUUUUUCUUUAUGGAAGAGAGUCAGCUGUUGUCCCUUCCUCUGCAUCUGACUCUGUGCUCCUUUUUUCCUUCCUUUUCCCAUUGUCAGUAUUUGUCCUGUCCUACCACCUUCCUGCUUCUCUUCCUUUUUCUGGCUGGAGACAAAUCAACAUGUCCAUAUGUACUGGAAGGAUGGACAUAAAUGGAAUGUUAUCCUGGUGAAGGGGAUAUUGCUGCCUGCAGUCAGUUCUGUAGACAAAGAGGUAAUCUGCUCCCGUUCCUGGCCCUACUGAUACGUGUUGGAGCUCUCCAUUUGCAGUAUUUCCUCUUCCUCUCUAAUUUCUUCCAAAGUCAAUAGCUUUCAGCUUAUUGAGCAAUAUACCAAACAGAUUUUGCCAGUUGAGCCAGGUGCAGAGAACUUUCUAAAUAUGUUGGUUUUGUGAUAGAAGUGUAUGUUUAAGAAAAGAGAUAAAAGAUGAUCCUGUAGGGAAUUCUUUUUGAACUGAUGCACUCUAUAACUUUGUGUAGGAAAGUUAACUGUGGCCAGUUAUUGGUAACACAGGCUUUACUUUGCUUGUGACUGGAAAUUAAACUGAUGAAAGUAAUUCCAUUCCUAGCAUCUCGGUGGUGAAAAACAGGUAUAGGACUAAAAGAUGAGAUAAUGUGGUGAGGUCAGGUUUUGUUUUAAACUUUUCUUUUUACUAAAUGAAUUUAAUAGCAAGUAUGAAAUAGAGUGGGUUUUAAAGGAUGUUAUGCUAGGAAUUCUUUGCUGCAGUGGAAACAUUGUGUCAAACAGGUGUCAUUUGUCUACAUACAGUUGUGCGUACUUUUGCAUGGAACGUUGCGUGUUGUAGAAGGGACAUUAUCUAAAGAUGAUGUGAAAAGGUUUUUAGCUACUGUCUCAAUCAUGCCUCAACCAAAAUUUUGCACUAAACAUCUGUUUGGUAACUGUAGACAGUUGAAGCAGGUAGUAAUGUUUGUUUUCAGGCAGACAUUUUAGUUCAUAUAUCUGAGGCAAGUAAUACAAUAAUACAUGCCUGUUGCGUCGCUUUGUAGCUAGGAAGUGGAAAUUAUAUUUUAGGGUGAACAAAAUGAAGUGAUAGUGAUGGACAAAAUGUCAGAAAGGUGUUGUUUCAUUCUGUCUAGAUGUGUACCUCUUAAAUACAUAUAGGGAGUCUGGACAAGUGAAUGUAAUGCCUUUGGGUGUGUGACAUAGCAGCCGUCGUGUAGUACCGUUUGAAAGCUGCACAAAGUUGCAGUAUCAGAUGUCACUAGUAGAUUUGGGAAAGAAACUUUUAGAAGCUGCACGAGCAGGUCAAGAUGACGAAGUUCGCAUUUUGAUGGCAAAUGGAGCACCUUUUACCACAGAUUGGUUGGGAACAUCUCCACUUCAUCUAGCAGCACAGUACGGACACUACUCAACAACAGAAGUGCUGCUGCGAGCGGGUGUAAGUCGGGAUGCCAGAACCAAAGUGGACCGAACUCCGUUGCACAUGGCAGCAUCAGAAGGCCAUGCCAGCAUAGUAGAAGUCUUACUUAAGCACGGUGCUGAUGUCAACGCGAAAGACAUGCUUAAAAUGACUGCACUUCACUGGGCUACUGAACAUAACCACCAAGAAGUUGUGGAACUCUUAAUCAAGUACGGAGCAGAUGUUCAUGCUCAGAGUAAAUUUUGCAAAACGGCAUUAGAUAUUGCAGUAGACAAUGGAAAUGAAGACCUUGCAGAAAUAUUACAGAUUGCAAUGCAGAACCAAAUCAACACGAAUCCAGAGAGUCCGGACACUGUGACGAUACACGCAGCAACACCGCAGUUCAUCAUUGGACCUGGAGGGGUGGUGAACCUAACAGGUCUGGUAUCUUCUGCAAAUACAUCAAAUGGAACAGAUGAAACAGGAGUGUCUGCUGUACAGUUUGGAAAUUCAUCGACGUCAGUAUUAGCCACAUUGGCAGCUUUAGCAGAAGCAUCAGCUCCACUGUCUAAUUCUUCAGAAACACCAGUUGUGGCCACGGAAGAAGUUGUGACUGCAGAAUCUGUGGAUGGUGCUAUUCAGCAAGUUGUCAGUUCUGGAGGUCAGCAAGUUAUUACUAUAGUUACAGACGGCAUUCAGCUGGGCAACCUGCAUUCCAUCCCCACCAGUGGGAUAGGGCAGCCAAUCAUUGUGACCAUGCCAGAUGGACAGCAAGUAUUAACAGUUCCAGCAACAGACAUUGCUGAAGAAACUGUGAUAAGCGAAGAACCACCAGUGAAGAGACAGUGCAUUGAGAUUGUUGAAAACCGUGUGGAGUCUGCAGAAAUAGAAGAAAGAGAAACUCUUCAGAAACAACUGGAUGAGGCAAACAGAGAAGCACAAAAAUAUCGCCAGCAGCUUCUAAAGAAAGAACAAGAAGCAGAGGCUUAUCGGCAGAAGUUAGAGGCAAUGAACCGCCUCCAGACUAAUAAAGAAGCUGUUUAAUAAAAAAUGAACGUACCGCAAAGCCUGUUACUUUCAAAACCCUGCAGUACAAUCUUGAACUGUACGCUAUAUAGGUACAGACACAGGAUUACACCAUAGAGAAGAUGCUACAAGUUGAUAACUGGACUUAAGCCGUGAGCUCUGAUGAAUUUCUUGUAACAUAAAAACUCUGAAUUUAGAAAUUGUGAAAAGUAUUUAAAAUGAAAUACUGUAAAUAGUUGUUUUUUUUACAGUUUCAAAAUGAGUUGAUAAAUCUUUUUGAAGGGAUCCAGAAACAUGAGAAGCCAAUGUUUUUGUGAAAUUUUUGAUUUUAGUAUGAAUCUAACUUCUGAAAAACAGAACAGUUUUAAGGGUGAUGUUGUUGAUUUAAGCUGACAACUUGAAAAUGAAUUAUGUGACAAAAUGAAUUAACAGUUAUUUCUAUGUGGUAACAACUUAAACUUCUCUGAAUAAGACAUUUCCAGGUGGAAAUCUUUGUACAGCUUUAAGUAGUUGUCUCAGAUUCUCUGAAAACCAUUUUUGGUUUGGUUUUUUUUUUUAUUUUAGGCGGUGAAAUUUUUAUAUUUAAUUUCAGAUAUAUCCAAGUAGAUUUACAUGUAUAUGAAGCUAAUAUUUUUUAAACUUUUCAGUUUGUACAUAUGCUGCAUGUUUUUAUAAUUUCUACACAUACAUCUUGCAUAGGUAUUUUUCAGCAAAGAUGAGAAAAAUUAUGAGAAAAAUGUUUAGUCUAUAGGUCAUUUGAAGUAAGCCUGCAGCCAGUUUUAUUGUGGAUGGUAUAUUUCUUGGAGGAAUGUAACUUGUAAUUAAAAGGAACAAAAAAUAUCUUGAUUUGCAUAUUAGGGGCAAUUUAAAAUUUGGUAGUGGAGGCACUGAAACUUCACUUUGUGUGUCUUACAGUUUUCCUGUACAAAAGUUUUAAAGUUCAGGAACAAAUAAGGAAGAAUGUCUCCGCUGGAACACAAAUUAUAGUUCUUUUAGAAUUUUCCUAUUGAUCUCUUUCCCCCAACAGCCUUGAAAUUAUUUCAGUGAUACAUUUUUUCUAAACAGACUUUUGCAUUUUAAUUAUGCAAUUGGACAAGUUUUUAUGUUGUAGUGAUGCUCUUCUUACCCGGCAUCAUUGUUCUUCACUGUGAUACUGUGUUUGUGUGUGUCUGUGCAGUGAUCUAUUAUGCUUAGGAUUUAUAUAGCACGUUACAUCUUCAGAACAUUGUAAAAAUCUUUUAAAGAACCCUUACUGUACUGCCUGAGGCAGGUAAGUGAGUGUUACUGUCUCAAUUUUAUAACUGGUAUAAGCGCAACACAGGGCGUGUUAAAUGACUGGCCCAAGACCACGAGACUCUGUGGUGGACCUGGGAAUGGAUCUCAGGAGCUUCUGGCUUCUAGUCCUGUGCUUAGACUGAGCUGCCUUAAGAUUGUUCAGUGCUGUGUUACAUUAAAUUUUGAACUACUGUGCAGAUUCCUUUUUUUGUAAGCUAAAACUCUUUGUGCUUUGCUUUGUUGUUCCAUGUUUCACUGCUUUUAUGGAAUUGUUUAUAUAAACUUAAGCAAAAAGUCUAGUUUACCUAUACUGUACACACAAGAAUUACCCUUAAAACUGUACUCUGGCCUACUUUUUCUAUUUUACAAUUAAAUAUCUUUUCCACAUAUAUAUAGUGUAGAAUCAA